AUGCACAACAACACACACGUUCGUUCCAAAGAAACAAGCUGGAUCACCGUGCAACGAAAUGGUCACACGUUUCGAGUUCAUUGCCACAUAGUGAAUGAAAAUGUAACACCGUUACUAAGCCUGAAAUCAAGCCAGCAGCUAGGUUUGAUCAAGAUUGUUGAUAGUCACACAGUAAUCAUAGUCACAGGGCAGACCUCAAGCAGCAACGUUCUCAAUGACCCAGUACUACGUCAGUGCAAGGACGUGUUCCAAGGUUUAGGAUGCCUUGAGGGAGAAUACACAAUUAAACUGAAGCCAGAUGCCAAACCUGUGGUACAACCACCACGCAAAGCACCUGUUGCAUUGAGAGAAGCUGUGAAGGAAGAGCUGGCAAGGCUCAUCACAGAAGGAGUAAUAGCACCUGUGACUGAACCGACAGCCUGGGUCUCUGCCAUGGUAGCUGUGAAAAAGAAAAAUGGGAAAGUUCGAAUAUGUAUCGAUCCCAGAGACUUGAUCGAGUCAAUAAUGAGGGAACACUACCCACUACCUACAUUUGAAGAACUGGCAACUAGACUCCCAAAAGCCAGAGUAUUUUCAGUCUUUGAUGCAAAACCUGGUUUUUGGCAAGUAAAGCUGGGUGAAGCAUCAAGCUAUGUUACCACGUUCAACUCUCCACAUGGUCGUUAUCGCUGGAACCGAAUGCCUUUUGGUAUAACUUCUGCAACCGAAGUGUGGCAGAGGAAAAUGAAUGAAAUAAUCGAGAGCCUACCUGGAGUGGAAGUUAUUGCGGACGACUUCUUAGUCAUUGGAUUUGGUGAUACAGAUGAGGCAGCUAUCCAAAACCACGACCAGAAUAUGAACGGUUUCCUAGAGAGAGCACGUGAACGAAACCUGAAGCUAGCACCUGAAAAAUCUCGUUUGCGACUGAAGGAAGUCUCUUUCAUUGGCCACGAGGUCACAUCAGAAGGUAUUGUAGCAGAUCCUGACAAGAUCAAAGCUAUACUGGAAAUGCCUACACCAACAGAUGUCAGAGCACUUUGA